AUGUACAAUCUUCGCCCUCUAGUCCGAAAAUCAGCCGUGGUCUCUAGCUUGGGCAGAGUAAGACCCCAGCGACCGGGGCCAUGGCCAGCAGUCACUUUCAGCAGCUCAAGUCAAACCCGCUUUGGGGCCAGUGGGCUUCCAGAUGCCGUUGAAGAAGAUUCUUCGAAGGACAAGUCCGACUGGAAGAGCACUGGUUUUAAAAUGCUUGAGACAGCGGGAGCUACAAUGGCAUCAAUCGCUAUCCUAGGUCUUGCCGGAUAUUCAUACCACAAAUACUACAAGUAUCUUGUUUUACACAAAAUUGACAAUGCUUUCGAACCUGGCGAUCCUGCUUUGGAUGUUGCCGGGGCGUCUCCCGGAAAAGAAGCUCCAGCUGGAGAAAAUUGGAUUGUGCGAGACGAGCAAGACAGAAUAGAUCACAUCAUUUCAGGGAACUCCAAGGGACACUACUAUCUCCUGAUAGGCGAGAAGGGUACCGGUAAAACAUCUAUGCUCUUGAAUGCCAUGCGCAAAAUCAAUGGAGCGCGAGUUGCCAUGUUUGAAGCGCAUGCAGAUCUGGAGAUCUUCCGUGUGCGUUUAGGCAAAGCUUUAGACUACGAGUACCAUGAAGACUACAUCGGCAGUCUUUUCAGUAUCAGAGGACCACGUGACACUACAGCCCUACUAGAUAUUGAGAGGGCAUUGAACAAGCUUGAGAAGGUGGCCUUACAAAGACGCAAAAAGAAAGAAACUCCUUUGAUUGUCAUCGUCAAUAGUACGCAUCUGAUCCGCGAUGAUGAGGAUGGUCGAGAUUUAUUGGAAUUGAUGCAGCAACGAGCUGAACAAUGGGCUGCCAGCAACCUCGUCACAAUGGUCUUCAACAGCGACGACUACUGGGUAUACGAGCGUUUGAAGAGAUACGCAACUCGCAUGGAAACAAUACCGGUUCCAGAUUUGCCCAAACAGAAAGCCAUGGCCGCAUUAGCAAAAUAUAGGAAUCGCUAUUACGGGGAGCAGGUCUCUGACGAGACAUUAACUCAGGUUUAUGAUCAAGUUGGGGGCCGCUUAUCCUUCCUCAACCGAGUUGCGAAAUCGCGCGAUAUGUUGCAGACAUGCAAGGAUAUAUUCGAAGCCGAAAAAUCCUGGCUUCUUAAUCGUUGCUGGAUUCUUGGCGCGGAAAUGGACGAUGAUGUGAUGGAUGAACAGAAAUAUUCUUCCGCGGCAUUGGUCCUUGCCAAGGCUCUUGUUGACCAAGAGCAGGAGAUGGACUCAAUUUACGACGAAGAACAUGGACAUAUCCUCCCUGAAUUGCCACUUCACAAGGCUCGACAGGUGAUGACGCGAGCAGAUUUUAUUCAGAGCUACGAUCAUGACAACAUCUUCACCAUCGAUUCCAGGGCCAUGGUGCGAGCUGAUUCCGUGCCAAUGCAGCUCGCUUUUCGAGCAAUUUGCUCAGAGCCGGGCUUUGACGAUCAUCUUGAAAAGACUUUGACUCGUAUUGGAGAUAUCGAAAGUCUUGGGAGGACCCGGGAGUUGACGAUCAAGGACCUUUGGGAUCAGGGCAAGUAUAGGGUGGUUGUACGUGAUAACAAAGGCCGAGAGUCGGGCACCGUUGAGUUCUCUGUCAAAGAGAAGGAAGGAGAGGGCGAUGAUUAG